GGAUACUCCCAUUUGAAUAUCUCAUUUAUGAACCUGAUUUUGAUGACUAUCUUGCCCAUAAAAGAAGAACCAUUUGUAUGCCGCAUUGCAACAAGUUGUAGAGAAAAGACAGAGAGGGAAAGGGUUAGAAAUCAUGGCGGCCGGUGAUGAUCAUGGUGAAGAAGUGAGGAACAAGCAGGUGCUGGCUAGAGACUACAUUCAUGGCAAUCCCAAAGAAGAAGACAUGUACUUGAGCACUGGAACCAUCCGCUUGAAGGUUCCAGAGGGUUCAAAUGCAGUUCUGGUGAAGAACCUUUACUUGUCCUGCGAUCCCUACAUGCGUGGCAGUAAGGCAGAAGUCAAAGAUCGCCUUUUUAAUUCCUUUGCCCCUCAUUCACCAAUAGCUGGGUAUGGAGUGGCGAAAGUUAUGGAUUCAGGGCACCCAGAUUUCAAGAAAGGAGACUUGGUUUGGGGGGUAACCAAAUGGGAAGAAUACAGUCUCAUCACAAUGACAGAAAGCCUCUUCAAAAUCCAGCACACUGAUGUGCCCCUUUCCUACUAUACUGGAUUUCUUGGUAUGCCUGGUAUGACUGCUUAUGCGGGGUUCUAUGAACUUUGUUCUCCAAAGAAAGGAGAAUAUGUGUUUAUCUCAUCAGCAUUUGGCGCAGUUGGUCAGCUUGUUGGCCAAUUUGCUAAACUCAUGGGCUGUUAUGUCGUUGGAAGUGCUGGAAGCCAAGAAAAGGUUGAUCUACUAAAGAACAAGUUUGGAUUCGAUGAGGCUUUCAAUUAUAAGGAAGAGGACGACUUGGAUGCAGCUCUUAAAAGGUGUUUCCCUGAAGGCAUUGACAUCUACUUUGAGAAUGUUGGAGGCAAAACGCUUGAUGCAGUGCUUCUCAACAUGAGACUCCGCGGCCGCAUUGUUGUAGCUGGAAUGAUCUCACAGUACAAUCUUGAUCAUACUGAAGGCAUAAGAAAUCUGUUGACCAUUCUAUAUAAGCGUGUCCGGAUGGAAGGAUUUACUGUGUAUGAUUACUAUCACCUAUAUCCCAAGUUCUUAGACGUUGUGCUGCCUUACAUCAGAGAAAAGAAGAUAGUGUAUGUGGAAGACGAAGCUAAAGGCCUAGAGAGUGGCCCUGCAGCUCUAGUUGGAAUUUUCAGUGGCCGCAAUGUUGGAAAACAAGUAGUUUUAGUUGCUCCUGAGUGACCAUUCAGCCUCCUAAUUUCUACAUGUUUUGGUGACUCUUUGCUCCAGUUAUUACCACCAUUAUGGUGGCUCUGUUUCUGUGAGGAAUGCCUUUUUUAUAAAUUAAUGUUGAAUGGUAAAUAAAUCAAUGUUGCGGUGGGGCUAGGUGCAUAUGCUUUUCACACAUUGUCAAGUAAAGAGACUGGUUUUAAUUCAAGCCAUUCUUCAUCUA